CGCUGUCACGGAGGAGGGGGUGCCUGUCUCUAGCGAUUGCACGAGUGAGACAGUCUGUGCCCCACUGCAGCCUGCUCUUGCAGGGUGCAGAGUCCUUGGAGUGCAGAGACUAUUGACUGCUCUUAAGCAGGCAGGAAACAAGCCAUUUUUCUUGCUCCUCAGGGCUUUCUAUCCUACACUGUGCCUUAACCAUGGAAGCUGUAGAAAUGAAGAGUGUUUCCUUGAAACGUCCUCAUUCUGAGGAUGAUGAGGGUAAUGCAGAAGAAAUCAAAAGACAGAAGAUCUCACCCCAGCCUAAGGCAGGGAAUGACUGCGAGCAGAGCACUGAGGCUGCAGCAGAGCAACCUGAUAAAACGCUGCUUGAGGACACCAGAAAUGAAAUCAUCUCCAGUGAGAUCAAUGAGGAUCAGGAAGAUGAGGAACUGGAAGACAGUGAUGAAGAUGGAGAUCCAGAGAGCUUUGCAGACAUGAUGAAGCAUGGACUGACAGAAAGUGAUGUUGGCAUAACUAAAUUUGUUAGCUCUCAUAAAGGCUUUUCUGGAAUCUUGAAAGAGAGAUACUCUGAUUUUGUUGUCCAUGAAAUAGGCAAAGAUGGACGUGUCAGCCACUUAGAUGACUUCUCUGUUCCAGUGGAUGAUGAGGUAAAUUCUGAGGACCCACCAGAAGAAACGUUCACAGUUUUGUCAGAGGAAGACAAACAGCGUUUAGAGGAGCUCCAGCUUCUUAAGAAUAAAGAAACAAGUGUUGCCAUAGAGGUCAUGGAAGACACCAAAGAAAAAAGAACAGUUAUCCAUCAGGCUGUCAAGUCCUUGUUCCCUGGACUGGAGACUAAAACAGAAGAUCGAGAUGGGAAGAGAUACAUUAUUGCUUAUCAUGCUGCUGGGAAGAAGGCACUGGCAAAGGUCAGAACUGCCACAGAUCCAAGGAAACACUCUUGGCCAAAAUCUAGGGGGAGUUACUGCCACUUCAUACUGUACAAGGAGAACAAGGACACCAUGGAUGCCAUUAAUGUCCUCUCCAAAUUUUUAAGAGUGAAGCCAAACAUAUUUUCCUACAUGGGAACUAAAGAUAAAAGGGCAAUAACAGUUCAAGAGAUUGCUGUUCUCAGAAUCACUGCACAAAGACUUGCUCAUUUGAAUAAAUGCUUGAUGAACUUCAAAUUAGGAAAUUUCAGUUACAAGAACCAUCCACUGAAAUUAGGAGAGCUGCAAGGGAACCACUUCACUGUUGUCCUCAGAAACAUAACAGGAACUGAUGAACAGAUAGAGCAAGCAAUGCACUCACUCAGGGAAAUCGGAUUCAUUAAUUACUAUGGAAUGCAGAGAUUUGGCACCACAGCUGUUCCUACCUAUCAAAUUGGCAGAGCUAUCCUACAGAACAACUGGGAGGAAGUAAUGGAUUUGAUAUUAAAACCAAGACCAGGAGCUGAAAAGGGGUACUUGGUGAAAUGCAGAGAAGAAUGGGCAAAGACUAAAGAUCCAGCAGCAGCCCUCAAGAAACUACCCGUAAAAAGGUGCGUGGAAGGACAGCUUCUGCGUGGACUCUUAAAGUAUGGAAUGAAGAACAUAAUCUCUGCAUUUGGCAUAAUACCAAGAAAUAAUCGUUUGAUGUACAUUCACAGCUACCAGAGUUAUGUGUGGAAUAAUAUGGUGAGCAAGAGAAUAGAAGAGUAUGGGCUCAGAGCUGUGCCAGGAGAUCUUGUACUUAAAGGAGCCACAGCUGUUCAUGUCACAGAAGGAGAUGUGGAUAACUACACCAUCCACGAUGUAGUGAUGCCAUUGCCUGGAUUCGAUGUCAUUUAUCCAAAGCAUACAAUUGGUGAUGCCUACAAGGCCAUGCUGGCAGCUGACAGUCUGGAUAUCAGCAACAUGAGGCACAAAAUCCGGGAUUACUCACUUUCUGGAGCGUACAGGAAGGUCAUCAUUCGGCCUCAGAACGUCAGCUGGGAGGUCGUUGCAUACGAUGACCCCAGAAUCCCGCUAUUUGUUACGGAUUUGGAUAAGCUGGAAGGAAAACCACUGCCAGCUCUUCCUACAGAUGGUAAAUUCAGGGCCCUAAAGAUGGAGUUCUCCCUUCCCCCGUCAACCUACGCUACCAUGGCCAUUCGGGAGGUGUUGAAAAUGGACACAAGCAUAAAAAACCAGACACAGCUCAACACUACCUGGCUACGCUAAGCAAACUGCAGGCAUGACUUGAACAUAUCAGAAGUGUUCUGCUAUUUAAUGUCUUCUGUAUAAAUCUUUAAAGAUUGGUAUUUUUUAAAGUUUUUAUUAGUGCCAGCAUUUACCUCCAGUAAUGGUUUGCAAAGCGGUGGCUGUAAUGUAAGACCGGUUUUAGUGACUAGUGAUUUUUAAGGAGUAAGUUGCUCAGAGCUGUAAUGUGGGUGCAACAUAAGACAUGAGCUUAUUGUAUUUGCAGACCUGAAAGGAUGUUUAGCUUUCUUUUUGUUCAUUUCUGGAAAGCACUGACUGUUUCCAUCACUUCAGCACACCAUUAAAUCUCUUCAAGCACAUGAAA